GUCACAAGAACAAAACAUUUUUUUAAGUAACAUGCACAGAAAAUUCUCAAAACUUUCUUAUCUAUAGUUUAACUAUCACUGUAGACUUGGUGUCCGCUUUCUGUAACGCACGCUUCAAGGACAUUCAGAAUGAAAGUGUACAAGGAUAUCUUCACUGGGGACGAGAUGUUCACAGAUACGUAUAAAAUGAAUUUGGUCGAUGACGUUAUCUAUGAAGUAUUUGGCAGCUUGGUUACGCGCAAUCAGGACAACAUUGUGCUGGCCGGUGCCAAUCCAUCGGCCGAGGAGGCCGACGAGGGCGCCGAUGCGUCCGUCGAAAGCGGCGUCGAUGUGGUACUGAAUCACCGACUGCAGGAGUCGUUUGCCUUUGCCGAUAAGAAGUCCUUUACGCUCUACCUCAGGGACUACAUGAAAAAGGUGCUCGAGCAUCUGCAGCAGACCGCUCCGGCAGAGGUCGAUGUCCUGAAGGCCAACAUGAACAAAGCGAUGAAGGACAUUCUCGGGCGAUUCAAGGAACUGCAAUUCUUCACUGGCGAGUCAAUGGACAUCGACGGCAUGGUCGCCAUGUGCGAAUAUCGCCAAGUGGAUGGCGAGAGCGUUCCAGUUCUCAUGUUUUUCAAACACGGCCUCGAAGAGGAGAAGCUAUAAACUCUGGCAGAAACUAUAUGAAAAUUGUAUUCCGAUGUGUGCUAAAUUAUAAAAAUA